UUCCAGACAAAGACGGUCGGGUCAACAUAAACGAUGAAGGCGUCAUUACUGAUCAAGGUGAUUUGCACUUUUUGUCCUCUGGUGCUUUUUGGUUUCGCAGAAACCAGUCGAAUACUUUGCAUCGAUCCGAGUCCCGGGAAAUCACACGUACUUGUUGCUCAAGCCCUGCUGAAAGGGUUAGCCGAGCGUGGCCAUGAGAUUACAAUGGUCAGCCCGUUCAAGUUGUCGAAACCGGUGAAAAACUUCCGAGAGAUUGUUGUUCCACUGGAUGAUUUCAUCAGCAGUCAGAUGAAAAAGUUUCUCGAGAAACCGCCCAACAUACUGACCGAGCUUCCGAGUUUGGUAAACAGAAUGCUGGUGGUGGCCAACGAUACCGUCAAUCAUCCGGAUUUUUUGGAACUGAAAAAGGAGAAAUUUGAUCUCGUGAUCGCAGGACUGUUUGUAGCGGAUUUCAUACUAGGUUAUGGUCCCCAUUUUGAGGCUCCAACGGUGGUGCUUUGGACUGCCGGCAUAUCGAAAUUCACUUCUGAAUUUGUGGGGAAUCCUAGAGAGAUAGCAGCUAGUCCAAAUAUGAUGCUUGGUAAGCAAGAUUUCACGAAAUUUUCGUCAAGAUUGAAAAAUUUCCUGGUAGCCUGUGUGGAAGACAUAAUCGGAGUGUAUACACAAUACAAACAAAAACCGUAUUACGAUUGGAACUUCCCCUCGGGUCGCUAUCCAAGCUACGAAGAUGUGCGGAAAAAUGUUUCUUUGCUACUGCUGAACUCCCAUUUUUCGCAUGGUGGCGCGAGGCCGUAUCUCCAGAACGCAGUUGAAGUAGGAGGACUACAGAUUAAAACCAAACCGGAUCCGCUACCGAAGGACAUCCAGGAAUGGUUGGACGGAGCCGACAAGCAUGGCGCUAUCUAUUUCUGUUUAGGAUCCAAUCUCAAAUCGACUGAUCUGCCAGCUCAUAAGAUGGAAAUUUUCGUGAAAAGCUUGGGCAAAUUGAAACAACGGAUCCUGUGGAAGUGGGAGGCGGAUAGCUUUCCGAAUCAACCGGCUAACGUUAUGACUAAGAAGUGGCUCCCCCAGGAUGAUGUUCUGGCGCAUAAAAAUGUAGUUUUAUUCGUUGCCCACGGAGGCUUGGGAGGAAUAGCUGAAGCCCGGUAUCAUGGAGUUCCGGUACUAGGUAUACCGAUUUUUGCAGAGCAAUCUGGAAAUGUUGCAAAUGUGGUGCGGGAAGGAUGGGGUUUGGAGGUGAAUUAUGAAACUAUGAAUGAGACUACGUUCAGUGAACUGUUGAACGAAAUGCUGACGAAUCCGAUCUACCGCCAGAAAGCUAAGGAAAUAUCGACUGUUUAUCGGGAUCGACCUCAAACUGCCAUGGAGACGGCCUGCUACUGGAUCGAGUACGUGAUACGUCACAAAGGGGCUGUUCAUAUGCAUUAUCAGGGAGCAGACCUGAAUUUCUUUCAGUCACACAUGUUGGACGUGAUAGCGGUGAUAUUAGUCGCUGUCUAUCUAGUGAUUAAGGUACUUAAAGUUGCUUGUAAAGGAGUUGCUAGGCUUUUUGGUGGUGGAAAGCCGAAGAAACAAAAACAGUAUUAAUGUGAUAGAGGAAGGAGAAAACAUACAUUUUUUCGUCUUCUAUUAUCAUCUCGCCGGUAUUCAGUAUAGGUAAAUAUAUAUUGUAUUCCACUCAAACAAGUGAUAAGAUAGAGAAUAAACACUCAAAAUUUCCUUGCGGUGAGAACAUUUUUGAACUGCUGUAUGCCCCCUCCUAGCAGCGAUUGUAUUAUUCGAUCGAUAAUUCCUCAAACGAGGUAAAGGAUUUCAUCACUGUUCUACAGCGUGAUCGCAGAAAUUUCCCACCGAAAAUAGAUUCUUUCAAAAUUUUAAUAAACAUUUACUA